CAACGAACGCUAAUACAACAGACAUGAAGUUCUUAGUACUUCUCUGCUUGGUGGCCUGCGCCGCCGCAGACUACGACGGCUAUUAUGACGACUAUUACAAGUACCAGGGCAGAUACGGCCAGCCACAGUACUAUGGCAAGUACGACGGAGGAUAUUAUCCUGACUACUACAGCCACAAACCAUACGGCAAGAAUAACUAUCGGUACAACUACGACAUCUACUACCCCAAGGAAAAGGCCUAUCAGAGCAAGUACGAGAGCAACUACGGCGGCCGCACCCGCGGUGGGUACAACGUGAAGCUGCCGUACAGCAAGGUCAACGUCGACUACGACAUCAAACACGGCGGCUACGGCUAUGCCAAAAAGCCCUGGUACUAACUCCGCAAGUUCGAUAAUUCGGCAGCCAUUUCAUGGUGAAUCCAAACAUCCCUUACUGAUAUAGUGAUGGCGGUGGACAGAAGCAAUAGUUACCAACCAGCCUACGGUAAUCGUGACCAGCCACAACUCCAGGUCCGUCCGCUGUGAAUGAGCCGGCACUCGUGUGCUGGAGGGCCGAGUGCGCAUGCGUGGCACACAGUCUGCAGUGUUGAUAUUGUCUUACGUACCCCGCCUGUAUUUGAUGUUCAAGACCUUAGCAAUCCUGACACUGAAUGAGUUUUGUCUUAGGUCUGUCCUACACCUUACGCGCUCUGGUUUAAAUUCACUUUUGGUCUUGUUGGGCUUUGGAUGAUGUUCAGAAAUAUAUUACUGU